CGUUCUCGGACUGUCGGCGCAUGGCCAGUUUCGCUCUCAGAACUCCACCGUAAACGACGCCUCGAACACCUUACAAGCAAGCACCAAGUCCCCAACCCAGUUUUCUAUUUUCUCCCACACUUUCCCCUGACGAUCCCGUCGUCGACCCAAUGACAAUCGGAUACCCCACGGCCGCAGGGAGAGAGCCGCCGCCCCCAGACGACACGGUCGGAUACAGCGCUGGAACCUAGAGAGACGCGACGAACUUGCGGGACGCGAGCGGCAAUCAAAAACAUCAAUCCACUACAGAUACAUUGUAAGGUUAGUUAUGGGCAACGCGCCAAGUCCGUGCCGCAAAGGUGCCGCGACCCCUGCAACUCGACUGAGAAUGCGCAAACGCCAACUCGGCGUGCUCUGCGCCGUUGUCCUCAUACUCUUUUGCUUUUACUCGCUACCAAGGUCGUCCCCAGACGGCCCUCGGCUGCCAGAACAACAGCCGACGCAAGGCCCCAAGAAGCUGCCCGACAUUCCGAGCUCGGCAGGACACUUUGAUGUUCAGGAUUCCGCAACAGACAAGACUGGCGUCGAGAAACCAGCGAAACAGCCCGGCGUACCAAGCCCCGCGAAACAGCCCGGCGUCCUAAGCCCCGCGAAACAGCCGGACGCCAGCGAGAUUAUUGAAUUCACCAGCAAGAAGUUCACCACCACCAAACCCAAACCCGUACCCGGCGGGGCACACCCGAUAUGGCACCUCAUCAAAGAGGCGGAGCGUGAGUUUGAAGCCGUCAAGGCUCGCCAGUCACAGACUCUCGAUGACGCCGCGGCCGAGUAUCGUCGCCGGUAUGGCCUGCCGCCGCCUCCGCAUUUCGACAAAUGGUGGGCAUUCGCCAAGAGCAAGGGAGUGCAGCUAAUGGAUGAAUUCGAUACGAUACACGAUGUGUUGACGCCAUUCUGGGGCCUCAAGCCCUCGACCAUUCGUGCGCGGGCGCGCGAGGCCCUCGGGGCCGACAACCAGCUCAUGGGCGUGCAGGUGCGCAACGGCAACGCGACACACAUCUUUGGGGGCACCGAUUGGUUCCAGAAAUCCGUGAUCGGCAUGAUGCAGGGCUUUGUCGAGUACCUGCCGGACAUGGAUUUGGCAUUCAACGUCAACGAUGAGCCGCGCGUCGUUGUGCCGCACGAAGACUUGGAGCGACUGGUGCACAAGGCGCGGACUGUCGCCAUGCCGGCGGCCAACACCGCAAAGAAGCUCCGCAACGGAUUCACGCAGAAACCUUUGGGCCUCAGCUACAACGGCCGCUUCGACGAGGUCAAGCACACCCGCUUCGAUUUCUUCCCCCACCAGCCUGUUUGGACGCACUCACGCAUAUCCUGCUCGCCCGCCUCACCCGCGCGCAUACUCGAAGAGGACGAGCAGUACGACGACCUGGAGCAAUACGCAGCCGGCGACCUCGGCUUUGUCUCCAACUGGACCGCCAUGUCGGACAUCUGCCUCUCCCCCUCCCUCGCCUCGACCUACGGCUUUUUUGACCGGCCCAACGCCUUCGGCGUGGUCCACGACCUCUUCCCCAUCUUCUCCCAGUCCAAAGUGUCCUCCUACGGCGACAUCAUCUAUCCCCCCCCCUGGUACUGGGCCGGCAAGGUCCCCUACAGCGACGAGAUAGACCCGCCCUGGCAAGACAAGCUCAACCGCCUCUACUGGCGCGGCUCGACGACAGGCGGCUUCUCCCGCAACGGCGGCUGGCGCCGCCAGCACCGCCAGCUCCUCGUCCAAAAGCUCAACGCCCCGGACCAGGCCACCAUCCUCGUCCCGCCCACAUCGUCAUCCCAAGACGACGGCGAGACCAAAACCUGGACGCCGACCCAGGUGCCCCGCGGCGAGUUCAAGUCCCUCGUGGACGUGCACUUCUCGCACGUGGGACAGUGCGACCCGGGAGACUGCCGCGCGCAGCGGGCUUUCUUCUCGCUGAGGGAGUACGCGCGGCAGGAGGACGCGCUUGGCUACCGGCACGUGCUCGAUAUCGACGGUAAUGCGUUUAGUGGGCGCUUCUAUGCCUUGUUGAGGAGCAAGAGCCUGGUGUACAAGUGGGCCGUGUUCCGCGAGUGGCAUUAUGAGUGGCUGAGGCCGUGGGUGCACUUUGUGCCGAUGAGUCUGCACGGCGAGGAGUGGCUGGAGGUGGUGAGGUUUUUUACUGGGGGCCGGAAGGGAGGAAGCGGUGGUGGUGGUGAGGAAGAAAGUGAGGAGGGGAAAGGGGAAGUGAAAGCCGAACGGAGUGUUGGUGGUAGUGGUGUUGGGGGUGGGGAAGAAGGGUUGGGAGGUGAAGAGGCGGAGCGGAUGGCGUUGAGGGGGAGGGAGUGGGCGGAGAAGGUGUUGAGGAAUGAUGAUUUGGAAGUGUGGUUCUUUCGGUUGUUGUUGGAAUACGGCCGCGUCAUUGACGACGACAGGGACAACAUUGGAUACUCGGGUUGAAGCCGGAAUUUUGAAUCGAUGCAGUUGGCCGGGGGUAUAUCGACAUCUAUAUUGUACAUAUGUAUUUGACAUCCUUCACUUUUUAGGGCCUCCUUCCCGGAGGACGGGUAGAGAGCAUAGGAUGGACGGAAAAUUUGUUCGGCAUUUUAAGGUGCAAAGGAAGAAGAUAGAUUGGUUGGUUGGGUGAGGCUGCAUUAUCAGGACAUACAUGGGGUCG